AUGUCAAAUAUUACUUAUGUCAAAGGUAACAUCCUAAAAGCAGCUACGCGUCCUAGGAUCCUUAUUCACUCUUGCAAUUGCAACGGCUCCUGGGGCGGUGGGAUUGCUUACCAACUUGCUUUGAAUUAUCCAAAAGCAGAGGAAGAUUACAUCAAAGUAUGCGAUGAAAAUGGCUCUGCUUUAUUGGGCAAGUGCGUAUUACUUCCUAGUUACAAAGACUCGGAUCUAUUAAUUUGCUGUCUGUUCACAUCAUCGUUUGGUGGUUCAAGUCAUGCGGGAAAGCAAAGCAUUCUAGAGUAUACAAAACUGUCUCUAGAUAAAUUGAGGGCCUUUAGGGCAGCGGAAGGCAAAACUAAAUUAAGGGAUGACAUAAUUAACACUUACGUUGAUGAUCAUAUCAAAUACCCAAUAGAAGAAUAUAAGCUGGAAAUGCCACAAAUUAACAGCGGUAUAUUUGGUGUUCCUUGGAAAGAAACAGAACACGUUUUGGAAGAAUUCAGUGAUAGUAUGGAUUUUACGGUAUACCAACUGUAG